UUUAGGGCUCCUCGGAGAUUUUAGGGCUCUGCAGUAGCGGGAAUGGCAUCAGUGUAUCCAUCCGGGCGAGCGCCACCAGCGAGGAGCUCACAGCCGCCGCCCCCGCCUCCUCCUCCUUACGGUAGUAGCAGUAGAUCGCAUUCGUCGCAGCAUCAGCCUCCUCCUCCCGGAUCGCAGCAAUAUCCACCAGGGCCUCCGCCCGGCGUGCCACCGUAUUCAUCAGGUACGAGCUCGGGCUAUGGCGGCCACUAUUCCGGAGGGGGAGGGCAUCACCAUCAGCCGCAGCGCCCCAGUCACCACGAUAGGCCGCCGGGCGGCGGCGGCGGCGGCGGCUAUGGAAAUUAUCCUCCUCCACCACCACCGCCGUCGUCCUCUUCCUAUCCGGCUCAAGCGCCAGGGAGGAAUCCCAGCUCCAAUUCUUCGAGUCAUCCCAAUUCGGGUGAUCACCAUCAACAGCACCAAUCUCACCCUGUGAAGAGGGAAACGGAGGAGGAGAGACGCGAAAGGAAGAAGAAGGAGUAUGAGAUGAGGAAGCAAAGGGACGCUAAGGCCUCGGCUCACCACUCUCAGCAGAAGCAGCGGAUAGAGAAGAAGCCAUCCGUUGUGCCGGACAAGGCUGAGAACCGGUUGAAGAGACCAUCCACCUUUCUUUGUAAGAUCAAAUUUAGGAAUGAGCUGCCGGAUCCUGUAUCACAACCAAAGUUGCUUCGCAUAUACAAUGAUAAAGACAGAUAUUCAAAGUAUUCUAUUACAUCAAUGGAGAAAACCUUCAAGCACAAGCUUUACGUGGAGCCAGACCUUGGUAUCCCAUUAGAUCUUCUCGACCUCAGUGUAUACAAUCCGCCAAAGACGAAGGCUCCUCUAGAUCCUGCAGACGCAGAGCUUCUCGUGGACGACGAAGUUGGAGUGAAGCAGAAGGCUGAACUAGCGAGGAGAAAAGAACGGCCUACUGACAAGGGCGUGGCCUGGCUGGUGAAAACUACAUACAUUUCUCCUGUCAGUAUGGAUCCUGCUAAGCAGUCGUUGACGGAAAAACAAGCCAAGGAGCUGAGAGAACAGAAGGAGGGCCGAAAAGGUCCAAUCAAUGACAGAGACCACCAAAUUCAAGCCAUUGAGGAAACUUUCAGGGUUUCUAAGAUGGAGCCUGUACAUCAAACCAAGCCCGAACUCAAACCUGUGGAAGUUUUACCUUUACUACCAGACUUCUCCAGGUGUGGCGACCAGUUUGUCCAUGUUGUUUUUGACACCGAGCCAACCGGGGACUCGGAGCUCUACAGCAAACUUGAUCGGAACACAAGGGACUACCUUGAAUCUCGAGCGGUUGUAAAGAGUUACUCGUUGCCCAAGGAAGACGGUAAGACGGAAAAGUUUCUGGGCUACAUGGUUCCAAAACUAGACGAGGUAUUCUUUAUUCAUUCAGUUAUAUUUCAAACCUGUGUGUUUUGUACUCAGGCGCAUGACGACGACGAUGAAAUUCCCUAUACCUGGAUAAGGGAGUAUCAAUGGGAUGUCCGUGGAGAGGAUGCUCGAAAUAACUACGUCUUCUGUUUUGGAAAAGAUGCUGUACAAUACUUGCCAAUCAGCUCCAAGCUCAUACUACACAAGAAGAAGGCUAGGGAGGGCCGCUCUAAAGACGACGUUGACAAUCAAUUUUUAGUUCCGUCGAGCGUUACAGUCCGUCGAAGAGACUUGACGGAGGAAGAAGAAGACCAACGAGAGUCCAUGCGAAGAAUCUUCAUGGAUGGCCGCCUAACUGAGACAGCGAUAGAGGAAGAAGCUCCAACGACAAAGAGCAACAAGAGACCCAUGGAAAUCGAGAGACACUCCACGAAACGAAGACGGCCGUCUUACCAGGAGGAAACAAGAGAGGCUAGCGAAGACGAGGACGUCUCUAUUUAAGCGUGCUUUUGGAUUUGGACAAGGAAAGCAAACCAAGCUCUGCCAGCGGCGCUUACCAGGUACACAGAGACGCGCUACAGCCAUACAGCAAAGAGAGAGGGGGAGUUCUUUGCUUUUGGUUUUUAAAUUCUUUCUCGUGACGCGAAGUCAAUCGCGCUACUGACCCGCGAAUCGGCAGCAAGGCAGAGCUCUCGGCUGGCAGAGAACAUCACAGAAUCGCGAAGAUGGUGAACGAAGAAAAGAAGCGACGAUGACUUCAGUGGUUCUCGUUCACGAGAAGACAAGAUAGAAAGAAGAAAGGAAGGGUUGGCUUGAGUGUACAUUAUGGCAGUUAGUACUGACUGACAAAAUGCCAUGGCAAUAAAGUUCCAGAUUGCAAUUGAAA